AAUUGUUGUACUACUGAAGUUCAGCGAGAGGAGAGGGGAGAGAGAGAGCGGGGCACGGACAGGGGUUGAUGAAAGACAUGGAAUAAUGUCCUCUCUCAAUAUUGCAGGUUGGAGGUGGGCCGAACCUGGUUGCACUUAAGAAUCCGUGUGGUCCAUUGACUUAAGAUCUGAAUUAGAAAACUCAUAAAAUCUGCCCUUUGCUGCUGCCUUCUGCUCAGGGAGGGGCGACAAGGAAAACAUGCUGCUGCCCAAUUAUGAAAAUGAAAUGAACUGCCUUCAAGUCAAUCCUGACUCAUGGCGACCCUAUGAAUAGGGUUUUUAUGGACCCCAAAGAGAAAAAAAUAGCUCUGGAGCUCCUGCUAACAGAGCAGGCCUAUGUCAGCCGCCUUCAUCUUCUGGAUCAGGUCUUUUUCUCGGAGCUGCUGAAGGAAGCCAGGAGUGGAAAAACAUUCCCAGAAGAGGUGGUGAAAAUGAUAUUUUCCAACAUCUCAUCCAUUUACCAGUUCCAUGCCCAGUUUUUCUUGCCAGAGCUGCAGAAGCGUGUGGAGAACUGGGAUUCCAAUCCCAGGAUUGGGGACAUCAUCCAGAAGGUGGCCCCUUUCCUGAAGAUGUAUAGCGAAUACGUGAAGAACUUUGACAAGGCAGUUGAGCUGAUCACCACAUGGUCUGAAAAGUCCUUGCCAUUCCAGGAACUCAUCUCAAGCAUUCAGAGGCGGGAGAUCUCAGCCAACUUAACUUUGCAGCAUCACAUGCUGGAGCCAGUACAGAGGAUCCCCAGAUAUGAACUUCUUCUGAAGGAUUACAUUCGAAAGCUACCUCCAGAGGCACCAGACAGGGAGGAUGCACAGAAAGCUCUGGAAAUGAUUUUCAUAGCAGCCAAGCACUCUAAUGCUGCCAUUGCAGAAAUGGAACGCCUCCAGAACCUUUGGGAGGUGUAUCACAGGUUGGGGCUUGAAGAUGACAUUGUGGACCCUUCAAAUGAGCUAAUUAAAGAAGGGCCUGUUCAGAAAAUCUCUUUCCGGCACAACAACACAACGGAGAAAUACUUGUUCUUGUUUAAUAACUUGCUGCUGUACUGUGUGCCAAAAGUCAUUCAAGUGGGUGCAGAAUUUCAGGUGCGCAGCCGGAUUGAUGUGGAAGGCAUGAAGGUUCGGGAACUGAAUGAUGCAGAAUUUCCUUAUGCUUUCCUUGUAUCAGGGAAGCAGCGAACACUAGAAUUCCAAACUAGGUCCCAGGAAGAGGUGACGGCUUGGAUAAAGGCCUUCCAGUCUGCCAUUGACAAGAAGGAGAGAAGGAGUGAGACCUUCAAGAUGGCGAUCCAAGGGCCUGAGGCAGAGACGCAAGAAUUCAGUCACUCCCAGUCUGAGGAGCUGGGCAAGCGGGCUCCUCAGUGGGUAAGAGACAAGCUGGUAACUAUGUGCAUGCGUUGCAAGGAGCCAUUCAAUGCUAUCACACGCAGAAGGCACCACUGCCGAGCUUGUGGCUAUGUGGUGUGUGGCCGGUGUUCCGAGUACAAGGCAGGAUUGCAAUAUGACAAGAGUGGGCCCAAACGUGUCUGUGUGGAGUGCUACUUCUUCUUGACAGGGCAUUCACUGCCGGACGAGCGUCAUGGGAAGCACAAAGGGAUUUUGGAGAAAGAAUCUGCAGAAAUAUCAGGGCAGAGCCUGAUGUGCAGUUUCCUGCAGCUGCUGGAUAAGAACGGAAAGGGGAGCAUGCGCGGCUGGUUUGUGAUCCCACGAGAUGACCCUCUUGUGUUGUAUAUUUAUGCUGCCCCUCAGGAUGUCAAGGCUCACACUUCCAUCCCCUUGCUGGGCUACCAAGUCAAGGAGAUGCUCCAGAGUGACCCUCGUCACAUCUUCCAACUGGUGCAGUCCAAGCAGGUCUAUACGCUGGUGGCAGAGACUGAGGAGCUAAAACAGCGGUGGGUGAAGGCCAUAGUACACUCGGCUCGGGGAGAAGAGGAGGAAGACUCGUUUGAUGAGCUGGAAUAACUGGAACCCUGCUGAGAGGCUGAUACAUAAUUUGAGCCACCAUUUUAACAUCUGUCAAAGGAAAUCGAUCUUUGGAUUUUUUUAAAGAAGUAUUAGUAAUUUUUCAGCUAUAACUUUUUAAUCAGUUUUGGAUGUCAUAGUAUUUCUGCCUAGCUCAGAUUUCCCUAGUUUGCUUAUGAGCCUGUCACGUGGAAUUGUGUCAAAUGCAUAACUCAAGUCACAGUACAUUGUUUAUUACAAUGGGAGACUUGCAGAUGUGUCCUCCCAUUCACAUGGCUACCCAUACAUACACAUUGCCGCAAACAGCGUUUCCUAUGUGCGCACAGAACUCCCACUGCUUUCCCAUAACAUGGUCAGCACAACUAACAUCUUACUAUGGAUGCUGCCCCUGUGCUUCCUUAUGCUACCGAAUCUAGAUGCUCCUCCCCAUUCCCUCCACAAAAUGAAGCAGCAGAGCCUGCCAUCUGCAGAAAUGCUAAGAAAACCUCCAUUAGCCACGUGAGGAAUUGGGUCAGUGAGAAAAGCUUAGACUCCCUCUGUUUGUGUCAAUCAGCAAACGUAUGUUCUUCUCUGGCUCAUAAGAACAAAAGAACAUAAGAAGAGCCCUGCCGGAUCAGGCCACAGGCCCAUCUAAUCCACCAUCCUGUUCUCACAUUGGCCACCUAAAUGUCUGUGGGAAGGCCACUAGCAGGACCUGAGUGCAACAGAUAUUCUUCCCACUUGUGAUUCCCAGCAAUUGGUAUUUAGAGGCAUACUGCCUGUGACACUGAAGGCAGAACAGUGCCAUCCUGGAGGCUUAUCCUCCAUGAACUUGUCUAAUUUUUAAAGUCAUACAAGCUGGUGGCCAUCACCUGCUCUUGUGGCAGUGAAUUCCACAGUGCAACCAUGUGCAGUGUGAGGAAGUACUUUCUCAUGUCUCUCCUGGUCUUCCAACUUUCUGUUUCAUUGGAUUACUCUGGUUUCUACUCUUAUGAAAGAUAAUGUUGGUGUUAUGUUAUAUAUAGUAUUAUCUUCUGUCUAUGGAGCACUAAGGAAUAUCACCAAGCCAGCUAGUAGGCUGAAGGAGAAAUCUGCUUUCUAGCCACCAACUGAGAUGGCUUUUUGAAAUGUCUAGACAUGUUCAUGGAGGAAAGGUCUGCCGUUGGCUAUUAGCAACAUCCAUGUUCAGAGGUGCAUACCUCUGAGUACGUGGAGUUCUUGAGUCUAUUACUAUGGCUGUGCACAUUACCCCCCCAUCUGCCCUGUGGCUCCAAUCCAGAGGGGGGAACAUCAGGCUGAUCUACCCUGGGGCGACUUUGGGACCAUCAGGGCUGUAUACCCCUGAGGCCCGAAUCAAAUCAGGACCAUUCGGACAUUUUCGGGCUUCGGCCAAGUUGGGUUCUGACAGCCAUGGAUCACUACGGGUCGGAUUUCAUGUCCCAGAGUGACCUGGGGCUGUCGGGGUGGGGUAUCAGGCAGGAGGACGAGUCAUGGCUUUCCUUCCUGCUUGAUGAGCAGAGGCAUCGAUCCUCUGGGGGUGUGGGUGCUGUUUUGGAAGGGACUUUCCUUCCUUUACAAAGCAGCAUCCCCCAGGAUUGCUCCCUCCUUUGCAACACUGUUUUGCAAAGGAGAGAGGAACAAUCCUGGGAGGGGGGUGUUUUGCAAAGGGCUUUCCUGCAGCAUCUCCCAGAAACAGCAUCUCCCAGAAUCACUCCCUCCUGCACAAUGCUGUUUUGUAAAAGGCUUUCCUAGAGGAUUGCUAAGGAGCAUUGCAAAGGAUCAAUUGACCCCUUUCCCAUCCAGUGGUGUGUGAGUGAAGGAGAUACAAUGUCUCCUUCUCCUGCCCUGCCAUAUAUUUAAUUAGGUGUUUUUUUAAAAAAAAACAAUUAAAUGUAACCCCCCAGACUUAUUCAGGAAUGGCUUUGAGCCAGGGCAGGUGGUCCCUGGGUUGACCCAAGGCGGUUUAACCUGAUGCCCCCUCCAGAUUGGAGCCAUAGGGCAGAUAGAAAGGUCUGUCCAUAGCCCUAGCUGUUAUUCUCAUGCCCUAUUUGUGGGUUUCUAGAGGCAUCUGACUGGCUACUGUUGGAAGCAGAAUGCUGGACUAAAGAGACAUUGGCUUGGCCCAGAGAAUGGUCCAAAGGCACAUGACAACCAUCCCACUGCUGAAGUUCAGCAUGUUUAACCUUGUAAGCUGCCUGGAUGAGAGACUGCCUGGGAACAAUAUCUGAGCUUCUCUGGAUGGCGGGGAAGUGAGGUACAAGUGUAAUAAAAAUAAAUAAAUUCCUACAUUUUUAUGCUGCUCUCCAGUCAUCAAGGAUUCCAUCAACCUUCCAUGCAUACAUGGAAAUAAAUGCA